AUGGAAGCGGAUAAUAUCACAAGUACGCCUUACAUGUUACCUGGGUACAUUCGCAUUACGUCGACGGUAAUUUGCAUAGUCGUCAUGGUGCUCGGAGUGCUGGGUAACCUCAUGGUACCUCUGGUAGUGCUUCGUGGGAAAGAAAUGAGGAACAGCACGAACAUCUUCCUGGUGAACUUAAGCGUCGCCGAUCUUUGCGUGCUGCUCAUUUGUGCUCCGACAGUCCUCGUGGAAGUAAACUCGAGACCGGAAGUUUGGCCUCUGGGAGAGCAUAUGUGCAAAGCAGUGCCUUUUGUGGAAUUGACUGUAGCCCAUGCAUCGGUCUUAACAAUAUUGGCGAUCAGUUUCGAGCGUUAUUACGCGAUUUGCGAACCACUACGAGCAGGUUACGUUUGCACGAAGGAAAGGGCAACGUUUCUUUGUCUCUUGGCGUGGACCGCAGCAGCGCUUUGUACAAGCCCUAUCUUGCUAAUAUCACAGUACAGGAUAGAGCAGUACUACGACGAGUCUUUAGUCCCGACUUGUCAUUGUAUGUUGGACGAGACUUGGAGGGUGGGAUACUUCCUGACGAUCAUCGUCGUCUUCUUCAUCCUGCCUUUGUUGAUCCUGAUCGUCCUGUACAGUGUGAUAGCUCGGCACUUGAUGGCAAACCCAGCAAUCAGUCGAGGUCCUGCAAACAAUCUUCUGAAAUACCGGAAACAAGUUGUCCUGAUGCUGGGGACAGUCGUGUUGACUUUCUUCAUCUGCUUGAUCCCAUUCCGGGCGUUCAAUCUGUGGAUCUUGUUCAUGAAACCGGAAACAAUCCUCAGCUUCGGCGUGGAAACUUACUAUUGUCUGCUGUACUUCUGUCGGACAAUGUUGCUGCUCAACUCCACCAUCAACCCGAUUCUGUACAACUUGAUGUCCACGAAGUUCAGGCAGGGUUUCUUGAGGAUUUGCGGCUUGUCGGGUGCCAAGAAGGAGAAGAAGUCCUCUUCUGGGAGAACUGGGACGUAUACUACGGGAUCUACCGAUUGCAGCAGCAAUCAGUCCGAUUACUGGAAGAGACAUAGUAGUAAAAGUAGUUGUAAGGUUCCCGGUGCACCAGCAACCGUGGAAAUGCAGAUGAAGAUCUCACUUCUGUCGACUGUCGCUGGGAGUCUCGUUGCUGUUAAAGAACAGGAAAGUUAUGUCUGAAAGAGGCGGGAAAUGGUAUUUUAAAGUAAACCGUGGAAAUGCAGAUGAAGAUCUUCUGUCGACUGUCGCUGGGAGUCUUGUUGCUGUUAAAGAACAGGAAAAUUAUGUGUGAAAAAUGCGGGAAAUGGUAUUUUAAAGCAAACCGUGGAAAUGCAGAUGAAGAUCUCACUUCUGUCGACUGUCGCUGGGAGUCUUGUUGCUGUUAAAGAACAGGAAAAUUAUGUCUGAAAGACGCGGGAAAUGGAAUUUUAAAGUAAACCGUGGAAAUGCAGAUGAAGAUCUUCUGUCGACUGUCGCUGGGAGUCUUGUUGCUGUUAAAGAACAGGAAAAUUAUGUCUGAAAGACGCGGGAAAUGGAAUUUUAAAGUAAACCGUGGAAAUGCAGAUGAAGAUCUUCUGUCGACUGUCGCUGGGAGUCUUGUUGCUGUUAAAGAACAGGAAAGUUAUGUCUGAAAGUGGCGGGAAAUGGCAUUUUAUAGUACUUUGAGCAAGUAACUUUUUGCCG